AUGACGGAACCGUUUCCUCCCCUCAACGGCGCACUGCCACACAAUACAGCAACGCACGGCGCAGCCAGGCGGAGAAGAAAGUCUAGUGCGCUGGGUUCCGAUGUACCUGGCGAUGUCGACGUCCCAGCGUUGGCUACACACCGCACGAGCACCCCGCCGCUGAACAGCCCGACGAGCAUGGACUCGAAACCAGAGAAGUCCGCCCGCCGCUCCAAACGACGAACAACACGCCGCUACCUCUCCAAAUUCAAGCGCCAAUGCAUCCGCCAUACCUGGCUGCUGCCGCUCAUCCUCGGCCUCACAAUCGUUGCCCUCUACCUCGUCUACCCCUACGAAUCAAACCCGCUGUCCGCCUGCCUCUUCCUGUCCUACCCGCUCGCACGCGACGACCCGCUCAUCCCCGCCUACGUCCGCGCGGAUCCCAAUGGCCCAGUUCACUACGGCAAGGGCGGGCGUGACUUUGCUUUCGUCGGUUUCUACAUCAUCGUGCUGAGCUUCACGCGCGAGUUCUGCAUGCAGCGACUGAUUCGCCCGAUUGCGGUAAAGCUUGGGAUCAAGAAUAGGGAUAAACAGAGCAGGUUCAUGGAGCAGGCGUACACGGCGCUGUACUUUGCGCUGUACGGGCCGUUUGGCAUCUGGAUUAUGAGUCGCACGCCGGUGUGGUACUUCAAUCCUAUUGGGAUGUAUGAGGGCUUUCCGCACCGCACGCACGAGGCCGUUGUCAAGGCGUACUAUCUCCUCCAAGCGAGUUACUGGGCGCAGCAGGCGAUUGUGCUGUUGCUUAUGCUGGAGAAGCCGCGGAAGGACUUUAAGGAGUUGGUUGCGCAUCAUGUUAUUACUGUCAGCUUGAUCUGGUUGAGCUACAGGUUUCAUUUCACGUACAUGGGGAUUGCAGUGUACAUCACGCACGAUGUGUCGGAUUUCUUCUUGGCUACGUCCAAAUGCCUAAACUACAUCGACUCCCCCAUCGUCGGCCCCUACUUCUUCGUCUUCAUGGUCAUCUGGGGCUACACACGCCACUACAUCAACCUCAAAAUCAUCUACUCCAUCCUCACCACCUUCAAAACCGUCGGUCCGUUCGAGCUCAACUGGGAAACGCAACAGUACAAGUGCUGGAUCAGUCAAUACAUCACCUUCGCCCUCCUCGCGUCGCUGCAGGCCGUCAACCUCUUCUGGUGGUUCUUCAUCUGCAGGAUCGCAUACCGCUUUGUCGUGUACAAGGACGCGGAUGAUGACCGUAGCGAGUACGCGCCGACGGAUGAAGAGACAGAGGAGACGGAGAAGUUGAUCAAGGAGGAUGUGGAGGUUGAGAAGGAUAUGGAGAGGAUUGAGGAGACGCCGAGUACGCCGGCGAGUGGUGCGGGGUUGCAGGCGAGUGGAAGUGAUAGUAUUGGGUCGAGGGUUAAGCAACGGAAGGGCGGGAAGUCAUGA